UAGAGAGUUAGUUGGUGGCCACGGUGGUGUUGAGUAGACAAGAAGAUGGCCUCUUUAAUCAGAGCAGUGUUCUGGCUGAGCUUGGGAACCUAUGGAAUUAUGAGAGCUGCAGCAGAUUGUGGAAAGGUUCCGUUGUUUCAGCGCAUUAUGGGGGGGCAGAACUCAACCCCUGGAAAGUGGCCCUGGCAAGUCAGCAUAAGGGAUGCAAAGGGGACACAUUUCUGUGGCGGGACUCUGAUUGAUAACAAGACCGUUAUCUCUGCUGCUCAUUGUUUCUCCAACACCAACAUGGUACAAUUGCCGGUCACCGCUUGCCUGGGGUCUUUCAGUCUAAACCAGACAAAUCCAAAUGAAGUUUGCGUGAAAGUGAAAAAUAUCACCAGUUACCCCAAUUACACCAAGGACACGGACAGCGGGGACAUCAGCAUCUUGGAACUUGACAAGGAAGUCAACAUGACCAACUACAUCUACCCUAUUUGCGUCCCCGUGUCCGGACUCACCUUCCCAGAAGGCCAGAAUUGCUCGGUGACCGGAUGGGGGGAUAUCAGUUUUGGGACCAAUUUGCCGGACCCCAGAACUCUGCAGGAGGUGACCUUGCCACUGAUUGCUGCAAAUAAAUGUAACAAAUCGUAUCACACGUAUGCAGGGGGUGCGGCCCAGGCGGAGAUUCGCAAUGACAUGAUAUGCACAGGGAUCCCCCAGGGAGGAAUGGGUGCCUGCCAGGGGGACUCUGGAGGACCAGUUUCUUGUCAGAAGGACGGGUUGUGGUACUUGGUUGGGGUGGUGAGCUUUGCAGCAGGUUGUGGACUACCAAACCGCCCUGGGGUAAACACUUUAGUCCCAUCCUUUUCUGAUUGGAUUGUACAGAAUGAUCCCAGGGCCUCUGAGAAUUUACGCCCUGCUGCUGCUACUCCUGCUAGUGAAGCAUCAACCAGAUGUAUCUCCAGCCUCCUCAUCCCACUUUCACUCAUUCUGCUGGUCACAUACUGAAGCUCUUCUUCAUUCCAGCACAGAUUUCUUGAAUUUGUAUUGGACUAGACCACUUGAAGAAGAAACCAAUAAAGAUGGAGCACCAAUCCUAUACAGAUGGGGGAGCUCCUCUGGGGAAAGGGGGAAAACCAAGCUAUUUGACUAGACCACUUGAAGAAGAAACCAAUAAAGGUGGAGCACCAAUCCUAUACAGAUGGGGGAGCUCCUCUGGGGAAAGGGGGGAAACCAAGCCAUUGGACUAGACCACUUGAAGAAGAAACCAAUAAAGGUGGAGCACCAAUGAUAUACAGAUGGGGGAGCUCCUCUGGGGAAAGGGGGAAAACCAAGCUAUUUGACUAGACCACUUGAAGAAGAAACCAAUAAAGGUGGAGCACCAAUGAUAUACAGAUGGGGGAGCUCCUCUGGGGAAAGGGGGAAAACCAAGCUAUUUGACUAGACCACUUGAAGAAGAAACCAAUAAAGGUGGAGCACCAAUCCUAUACAGAUGAGGGAGCUCCUCUUGGGAAAGGGGUAAAACUAAACCAGCUGGACCUUCUUUAUUUCUGCCUUUUUUUUGGUUCCUAUGUUCUGCUUAAUUAAUAAAUGUGCACAAUCCACUAGCCAUA